GUCAAACUGAGGAGUUAACGGAAAAUGGCAUUGUAUAUGUAAUUCACUUUGCUGUCAUUGUAUUUUGCCGUGUCUCCUUCGAAUGUGGAUACGUUUGCGCACGGAAACGACGUCGCGGCCUGUCUAGAUCGAAAUUCAUUUGCCGCUACGCAUACACACACACACACACACACACACACACACCUCUGAUGUCUGCUGAGGCCUCUAUAGAAGGUGUGGGGUCGGCCCCGCCCGCUGCCCCGUCCUCUCCCUCCCGUUUGGUGGAGGAGAAAGGAGGCAGAGGUCUGGCCGGCAGUAAGUACGUGAAGCUGAAUGUUGGAGGGUGUCUUCAUUACACUACCAUUCAGACCCUCAGUAAGGAGGACAGUCUGCUCCGCAGCAUGUGUGACGGGAGCACGGAGGUCACCAUCGACUCUGAAGGAUGGGUGGUAGUGGACAGGUGCGGCCGACACUUUAACCUGGUCCUGAACUUCCUGCGGGACGGGACGGUGCCUCUCCCAGAGACUACGCGGGAGCUGGAGGAGGUGCUGAAGGAGGCGCAGUACUACCAACUACAGGGUCUUGUGCAACACUGCCUCUCCACGUUGCAGAAACGUAGAGAUGUUUAUGAAGGAGCCUGUCGAAUUCCCAUGAUCACCUCCGCCAAAGAGGAGCAGAUGAUGAUCACCUCCUGUCGGAAGCCUGUUGUAAAACUACAGAACAAUAGAGGGAACAACAAGUACUCUUACACCAGUAACUCGGAUGACAACCUGCUGAAGAACAUUGAGCUCUUUGACAAACUGGGCCUGCGGUUUAACGGGAGGGUGCUCUUCAUUAAGGACGUACUGGGGGACGAGAUCUGCUGCUGGUCGUUCUACGGCGAGGGGCGCAAAAUCGCCGAAGUCUGCUGCACCUCCAUCGUCUACGCCACCGAGAAGAAACAGACCAAAGUUGAGUUUCCUGAAGCUCGAAUCUUUGAGGAGACCCUGAACAUUCUGAUCUACGAGAACGGCCGGGGUUCUGGCCCAGGGGGCGUGGCCUACCUGGAGUCUGGAGGUGUCAGUUCGUCGCCAGGUGCGGGCCAAUCAGAGGAAGAUGGAGUGGGGAUUGGGGGUGGAGACAGAAGAGUAAGGCGGAUCCAUGUGCGGAGGCACAUAAUGCAUGACGAGAGAGGGCAUGGACAGCAGACUGUGUAUAAGGACUGA